AUGAAACGAUCACGUAGUCAUCCAGUACAUUCACCGAUUCAUAUCGAUAGCGACGAUGAAAGCGAUAGCGGAUCAGUAACAGCAUCUCAUAUAUCCCGAAUGAGUGCAUAUGCUCUGUUCAGCGAAAUUCGUGCCCCAGAUACUACCUCUUCAACCAAAGAUAAUAGCGUUCGUAGUUCUGUACACAGUGCGUCGUCGUCUGUGACCACUUCUAGUACAAUGUCUAGUGGUAAUGACCAGUGUUUGUUGUCGGCUGAAGCAGUUUGGGAUCAUGUUGCAAUAUUGCCUAAUGAAUUACCAUUUGCAAUUGGCGAUAUUAUCUCAGUGCUUGAUUACUCAUCACAUGAAGAACUUUGGUACGGCAGUUGUCGCGAAAGGGUUGGAUGGUUCCCAUCAUCUUAUGUCAGGAUAUUGAGUGGCAAUUCAUCAACCUCAGGUACUCUUUCAUUAAGUUAUUUCCCACAGUCGAUGAGGUUUUUGCGAGCAAAAAUAGUUCAAGAAUUAAUGCACACUGAACGUGAUUAUGUCAAUUUAUUGCAAAAUAUUGUUCAGGGUUUUACGGAACAAUGUCGUCGUCGUAAUGACUUAUUCUCGGCAGCUCGCGUACAACGCCUUUUUGGCAACAUUGAAUCCAUUUAUGCUCUACAUUGUAAAUUCCUUCGAGAGCUUGAAUUGGCUUUCAAUCAAAAUGUUCCCGAAAGCUCUGCUAUUGGCGCCAUUUUUCUUCGAAACCGUUCAAAAUUUUCGAUUUAUUCGGAGUAUUGCAAUAACCGGCCUGUUUCGAGUGCAGAACUGGUAGCACUCACCGAACAACUUCAUUAUUAUCAAUUUUUCGAAGCGUGUCGACUUCUUCGAGGAAUGCCAAAGCUACCUUUAGAGGGAUUUUUGUUAGCACCCGUGCAAAGGAUAUGUCGUUACCCGUUGCAAUUAUCAGAAUUACUGAAAGCAACGCCACUAUCACACAUCGACAGAGAACCAGUAGAGGCUGCAGUAUCUGCGAUGAAGAAUGUUGCUGCUACAAUAAAUGAAAAGAAACGACGAUUAGAAGGUCUACAACAGAUCGCCUUAUGGCAAAUGAAUGUCGAAGGAUGGAGGGGCCCAGACCUAGUGGAAACUAACAGUCGAAUGAUACAUGGUGGUGAAGUAUACUGUCGCAUUGUUAUUGGAGGAAAUAUCAUUUGGCAUAAAGACGUUUUGCUAUUUUUAUUUGACCAAUCACUGGUAAUAUGCAAAAAAGAUCUCAUCAAGCGUAAUUUUUAUAUAUUCCGUGACCGGAUUUCUCUCGAUUCAGUAACAUUUCUGAAUUGUGAUGAUGGAAAAGACCCUACCACGGGUCUAAAUCUAAAGAACUCAUGGAAAUUGAUAAUGAUCGGUAAAGAAGUUGUAUUCACUUGUAAGGAUCGCAAUUCCAAACUGGCUUGGGUAGAGCAUUUACAACGACCGUUGAUUUAUUCGCCAGCAUCACCUGAAGAACGGCGACUAAUACGCGAAGCAAUUUAUCGCACUUCAGGUAUGGCUUUAUUAAAAUAA